UAUAUAAUAAAAAGCAUGAAAUACAUAUUUGUGUGGAGAGUUCCAGGUCUCAGUUGUUAGCUGAUUUGAGCUUAAAAUUCCAGUUUAUGUGUGCAAAUGAUAUUUAACUUGUGUUUUGUCUAAAAACUUUAACAGUUGCCUCUGUGCUAGGAAACUAAGACAUCAGUUCCUGGUGACUAUCAUUUUUUCAGAAAAUAAGGGCAUUCCCAAACUCAAACCACUUCAGAACCCUGGACAUAAAAUAAACAUUUGAGACAGGGAAAGAAAUUUAGACCCCAGAAUUGGUUCAAGAAGGCGGACAGUUUCAAGCUCUACUUUUUGGUUCUGAGGGAAGCGAUUUUUUAGUAUGGAAGAGUGACAAGGACUGGCAGCCGCAUGCUCUCUCCUCACUGGUCUUUGCUGCUUUGAGCUCUCCAGAGGGGGACAAGCGCUCGGUUCAGUGCGAGGUAAAAUCUCGAGAAAGAAUAGCGGCUCUUCUAGAUCGGUCUUAACCAGGUCGUAGUAGUCUCAACUUACAGGUGGGAGCGCAAUGCCCCGCCCAGCUCUGUGCGGAGACCUGCCUUUGCGACCCCGUUUGGGACGGGGUCUAUCCAGGGUCCUGAUCGCUACCAUGCAAACCUAGAGGACCCACCGCUUCUUCACACAUGUUGUUUUUGUGUGGUGGGCAGUGCACCAAUUGUUCCUAUAUCUCCUCCCGACAGACUUGGGGACAGGGGCGGGAGCGCAGAAAAAUCAGCAAUGAAAGGGGUACUCAGUGCUACAGGAUGCCCCUAAACUAGGGGGAAGUUCUUUAUGGGCCCCAAAACCUGUGAUUUCCGUUUCUCACAGUGGGCCUCCUAUUCAGAGAGCCAUUUCAGGGACAACUGGACAGAUGGGUAGUUCUGAGACUGGUUCACAGGACUAUCCCAGUUUUCUUUUCGAAAGUCAGAGUGCUCUGCCCUAUUUCUUCCUUUUUAGCGGGAAGUAGUGAAUGUCAGCCUAGAGCUGAAGUAGCUACUGCUGGGUUGAGUGGGGCCCUUGGAAGAGAAAAAGGAAGCUGUGAAUACUUAGCAGGCAGGUUUGCCCAGGACAUGAAGGGGUGUAUCAGGGAGCUUUAAAGUCUCAGGCGUUGACAAGACUUAUACCCUGGGCUGGUCUGGGUAUCUUUAUCAUUAGUCCCCUCUUUACCCCUCUCCUUUCCAGGAAGCUUGGGCAGCCAGGUACUCAGAUGUCUUGGGGGUUAAGAGUGAGGGAGACGAGUUUCCUUACUUUGGGGGGCAGGGGAUGGGGGAUGUUCAAUGGGAAUGGAGCCUACAGAUGAGAUGGUCGUACUCUUCUCAGGAUGGAGGCAGCAGUCCAUGCUUGAGAAAACCAGGAAUAGGGCUAUGGGGUCUGUAUCCUCUAAGCCCCCUGAAGAAGGUGAUGGGGGCAUCUAGAGCACAGGUAGGAGGUGCCCUGGAGAUAGGCCCUAGCUUUCUCACAGCUGCUAAGACUGAAGACUGCAGUGAGGGAGUAUAAGCAUUAGCUGUCUAUCUGGGAGAAGGAAAAUAGGCCCUAGAUUAUGCCUCAGAUCUAGGAAGACAGAAAUCUAUUUCUGAGCCCCUUCCUGAGACCAGAGAAGACCCCUUUUUGCUGUCACUGGUUUAGCUGUCAUUGGUAAUGGUCAGUAACCUAGCUGUCUUCCUAAAAACCAGCGAUCAUUUACUGUUUUACUUUUUGAGAGACGGGGGAUCUCCUUGACACUUAGGAGUUUCUGGGAGGAUGAGUAAAAGGGGCGAGCGAACCUGCGUUAAUGAAUCCCGUAAGGAACUGCGUUUCCCAGGAAAUUCCUGACAUUUUUAGCUCGUGAAUUUCCUAAAGCAUGCUUGGUUUUCUCCUUCAUUCUGGGUCCUUCCAGAGAGGAAGAGUGGGGCUAGGGGCUGAAGGCUCGGCAGGGCCUGGUUUAUCCGCAGAGCUGGCCGGCAACCCGGGCUGGGCUCAGCCCUGAACUGGGUGCCCCCCUUCCCCAAAUCUCAGAAGGAGGAGGGGGAGGCAGGCGGGCAAUCUUGGUCCCAAAGGGGGCUCUUUGAAGGUUUUGGGGUGAGUGCGGGGUUUCUUUUUGAUUGUUGGUUGGGGAGAAGGGCAGAGCCAACGGAAAAAGGCACUGCGGGCACCCCGGCCCUGGUGCGGCUGCCGUCCUCUGCUCGGCUCCCCCCUACCGAUCUCGCGAGAGUGGCUGACUGGCUGUGGGGGUUGCGGCGGCAGCAGGCGGAGCCGGGGAGGGAAAGCAGCGGCGGCUGAGGCGACUGAGGCGGCGGCGGGCGGAGCGGCAGGCGGCGGCGGCGCGGCGGCGGAGCGCAGCAUCAUGGCGGACCGAGACAGCGGCAGCGAGCAGGGUGGUGCGGCGCUGGGCUCGGGCGGCUCCCUGGGGCACCCAGGCUCGGGCUCCGGCGGGGGCGGUGGUGGCGGCGGGGGCGGCGGCGGCGGCAGUGGCGGCGGCGGCGGCGGCGGGGCCCCGGGGGGGCUGCAGCACGAGACGCAGGAGCUGGCCUCCAAGCGGGUGGACAUCCAGAAUAAGCGCUUUUACCUGGACGUGAAGCAGAACGCCAAGGGCCGCUUUCUAAAGAUCGCUGAGGUGGGCGCGGGCGGCAACAAGAGCCGCCUUACUCUCUCCAUGUCAGUGGCCGUGGAGUUCCGCGACUACCUGGGCGACUUCAUCGAGCACUACGCGCAGCUGGGCCCCAGCCAGCCGCCCGACCUGGCCCAGGCGCAGGACGAGCCGCGCCGGGCGCUCAAGAGCGAGUUCCUGGUGCGCGAGAACCGCAAGUACUACAUGGAUCUCAAGGAGAACCAGCGCGGCCGCUUCCUGCGCAUCCGCCAGACGGUCAACCGGGGGCCCGGCCUGGGCUCCACGCAGGGCCAGACCAUUGCACUGCCCGCACAGGGGCUCAUCGAGUUCCGCGACGCUCUGGCCAAGCUCAUCGACGACUACGGAGUGGAGGAGGAGCCGGCUGAGCUGCCCGAGGGCACCUCCUUGACUGUGGACAACAAGCGCUUCUUCUUCGAUGUGGGCUCCAACAAGUACGGCGUGUUUAUGCGAGUGAGCGAGGUGAAGCCCACCUACCGCAACUCCAUCACCGUGCCCUACAAGGUGUGGGCCAAGUUUGGACACACCUUCUGCAAGUACUCGGAGGAGAUGAAGAAGAUUCAAGAGAAGCAGAGGGAGAAGCGAGCUGCCUGUGAGCAGCUUCACCAGCAGCAGCAGCAGCAGCAGGAGGAGACAGCCGCUGCCACCCUGCUGCUGCAGGGUGAGGAAGAAGGGGAAGAAGAUUGAUCAAACUGAAUGGAAAAAACCCACACACACAUGCACACACACACACACACAGCCACACACAGAGAAACUAUACUGUAAAGAAAGAGAGAAAAUAAAAAGUAAAAAAAGUUAAAAAAAAAAAAAAAACCUGUUAACUCCAAGGGAGCACCACCCACAGAACCUCCACCAACUGACAGUUUCUCUUCUUGACUUGCCACCCAUCGCUGGAUGUUGUCCACUUUAUCCACCAUAUAAAACAGUAAGCAGCUGCUAAAAACAAAAAACAAAAAAAAAUACAAAAAGUAAUAACAUUAUAUGAACUGUGUUUCCUACUUGAUUAAAAAAUAUAAAGAACUGAGUGUUUAUUUCCCUAAUUAACCAAGAACUUUUGUACACGUUUAAGCUAUUAUUAUUAAAAGUGUUUGCAAAAUGGUCAAGAUUAUAAUAUUGCUGAAUUAUAUAAAAGUCCUUUUCAUGUUGAGCUAACAUUUGACUUUAGCACAAAAAAGAGAUAUUUUAGAACACGUAAAAUAAUAUUUUUAGUUUUUCUCAUUUUGUUACCAAAUUUCAAACCUUACAUGGAGGUUAUUAUAGUAUAUUUGACACCCUAUAUACCUGUGAUUAGAGAUGUGUAUAUAUAUGAGGGCUAGGCAUGCUGUGUGUCUGAGCUUUGUCUAAAUGUUAUGCAGAAGUUUGUAGAGUUAAAGGUACGUAGGUUUAAUUCAUGCAAGGUAAACAAUAAGUGCUCUCUUUUAUACAAUAUGCAUUGCAUCUGGACCUUAAACAUAUAAAAAUGGUCAGUGAAACUUCUGUGAACAUGAAGAAAUUAUUAAAAAAGGCAUUUAAAUGAAAUUUGCUAAGUUGUGAUUUUUACGGUUGGAACCAAAGUUAUUCAAAUAGUAAAAGAAAAAAGAGAAAGAAAGAAAAGGAAAUCUCCCAUAAUAUUUUUCUGCAUCUGUUUGCUUUGAGUAGGCAUUUUGUCAUUAUUGUGUAUAUGAGAUGUACUUGUAUCGUUCAUAAUAUAUUUUUUUUAUUAUGUGUAGAAAGAUUUUAAAAACUUAACUAACGUGCAGCAAUUUCCAGUGAACCUGUACUUGGACAUCAGGUAGUGAGUCUAUUUGUGGUCACUAGCACUGUCUCCUAAACUUGUAAAAGGUCUGAAGCUAUCCUUUGAUUUUUGCCAGUGCUAUUAACUUAUGUAGACCUGUUAACAAGCAGAGCAACACAAUUAUAGUUAUCCUACUGAGCCAUGGAUUCUGAGCUUCAUUUUAAAAGUGAAAGCCAAGUUGGUGUAUGUAAAGGAUUUCCAUGUAGCUGUGGUGCUAGUUAUUACUGGCUACAUUAUAUGCUAAGUGUAUUUGUGUUCCCCAAGUGUACAAGCCUUCUAUCAAAAGUAUGUUCUCUAACUCAUAUAUUCAAGGUGUAGGGUAUGAAAAUGCAAAGCUUAGGAGAGCACUUUACCAAGCUGGUGUCCUCCAAACUGAAAUUGUUUGUAACGAUAGUCUUUUACAGGUUUUCAUUUAAAGAUGUUUGUGUGCUUUUAAUUGACAACUAACUUCUUGCUGCUGUAUAGUAAAAUAUUAAUAUAUUUUUAUCAUUAAACUGCUGCAUGACUAUCAUCUUUGAGUGAAGAGAAAAUGUUAUAAAAAAAAGAUGCCUUAAACAGUACAUUUUGGUUUGGAAUUCUGUAGAAAGUAUUUUGGUUUUUAAAAAAAGGGGUCUUGUCUGACAUAGUUCUGGGGAUGGAAUUGUUAUCUUGGCAAAUCCAGCCAUAUAGAUCUAACUGCUGUAUGUAGAAGACACCACCUGUAGGAGCUGGAAGGUAUCAGUGCUUCUCACAUUGUAAAGCAUUGGCCUAGGAAGGUGAAACAGUUGUCUUUUUGAAGGAUUUUCUUUUCUGCUGGUUCUUUGGGUUUUGAUUUGGUAUUUUUAAGCUCCCUGGUUGAGUGUGUUGUCUUUGUUUUUGAGAUCUACUGUAUGUGUUGAAUAACAAGCUAUUUCCAUUGUACUGUGCAUUUUCCCAUUAAAUUGUUUGCUUUUAAUAUUCAUACAAUGUUUAAUAUGAGGUGACCGUACAAUAGUUAGGAGUUUCUUUACUUACAAAAUCACUGGAAAUGAUUAAAUUGCUUUUCCCCUUCCCCCCAAGGUGCAUUUUUCUUAUUUCCACAUAGUAAAGUUGAGCUUUUACAGUGCAUAAUGUGACAUUUGGAAUGCUUAUCAACUGCAUGUAAACAUUAAUAACCUGCACUUUUUUGUCUUAAGGUUUGUUGAGCUGUUUUGUUCACUGUACUUUAACUGUGAUAUGGAAAAGACUGCAUUCUCUGUGCUGUUAUUAGUUAGGAAAGAGAAUUGCUUUGAUUUUGUCUCUUGUUUACUAUAGCUUCUUAAAGUUAAGCCUUGUACUACAGGUUGUUGGAAUACUCCUAGAUCAGUGUUUCAUAGUAGCCAGCAAUAAGUAGUGCAAGUCAACAAAAACACAGCAAACUUAGGCAAAGUGUCCUUUCUUUGAGAUGCGAGUUCUUUCAUGAGGUUUUCUUUAGGGUCCGAGUUACCUAAAGUGAAGCCUUUCAUAGCUAUAGACUUCAGAUUCUGCUUGGAAUCCUACCGGAUCAAGAAGCACAUAUAUUGUGCAAUUAUCUUUACACUAUAACAGUUAAACACAAUCUUACUAAGAUUUUGAAACCAGUGUCUGAUUUAUGGUCAGUGGAUUUUAAAAGAAAUCCGCAUUCAGAUCUUUUAAGACUUAAGACGUGAUCAUAGAAAAGACUAAUGACUGUAAAGAUGCGGUUUUUUUUGCAUCUCACUUUACCUCCCCAAGCACCCCCAACCUACCCUUUUCCCCCCUCCUGUUUCAUCCUUUUUCCACCCUUCCCCCCAGGUGCUCGGUACUUUACCAAGGUUCUAUAACUCAGUGUUUUAUGUUGGAGUUUUUCCUUGUUUUUAUUUUACUAGUUGGUAAACCCUGUUUGUGCUGAAACAAAAAAGGAAAUGGUAUAUUUGACCAUAUGUGUUAUUCAUAGAAGACAGUAUGAUCAAAUGUGCCAGAAACAUGUAAACAAAACUUAAUUCAUGACAAGUAUGCCUUAUUUUUAAUGAUCUGCUUUGUCUUACAAUUAAGGUCCAAGAGCUUGGUUAAACUAUACUAUUUGCCUAAGUAUAAAAGAACACUUGAAAUGCAUUACAUUCUUUAAAAUGAGAGACAUUGUCAAGUAAUUUAAUCCAGAGAUCAGCCACCAGAUUUUAAAUGCCCAUAUAAGUGUGUGUGUUUGGUAUUGUUUGUUUUUUUCUUUUUUUUUUUAAGUCACCAAAUCUUUUUUUAAGCUACUUUUUAUUUGUGCCUCCUAUUUAUCAUGCUGAUGUUGGAAGCAGCAGUCAUCCAGCCACAGAGGGAGCUAAAGUUAACUAACCAGAACUGUAGAAAUCAUUAUACAUGCCUUUGACAACAAAGGAAGUUCAUAAGAAAAGCCAUGUUGGCUUUUCCUCCACUAGAUAACAGAUUGGAGGUAGAUGAAUAUUUGCCAAAUGGAAAAAAAGACAAUGUGAGUCAGAAAGACAGACUUUUCCAGCUUCUCAAAAGCCAUGGAGAGUAGAAACCAAAACCAACAGGGAAAUAAAAAACCGUGAAAGUCUCACUUUGUAGUUGUCCCAUGCAGGGGUUGAAAUUUGACUCAAAGUGAAAAAUAUAUCAAUGUAUUUUAUAGGCCUUCACAUCUAGAGAUGGAUAACUAUCGCAAUUUGGUUUUUCAGGUGAUGGAGAAAGCUGCUAGUAAUUUUAACCCCUGCCUAAAGAAGAAAGAUAAUUUCAUUUGGGAGCAAGUACUUGUUGCCUUGAAAAAUAGCACUGUAAUAGCCUAUGAUAAUUAGUUAUAGAAUAACCUUUUUCCCUUUUAAACUAUGCAAAUUAUUAAAUAAGUGUAAAUUAGGACUCAAUUAAAGAUAGUUGAUUAUAUUGCAAUCAGAUGGCAUUCACAAACUUAACUGGAGCAUAUACAAAUAAAAUCUAUUAGUCUAAGAGUUUUGUAUGCUAACAGAAAAAAUAUAAUUUAGCUACCUAUUCUAAAAAUGGUGAAUAUUAUUAAUAUUGUACAAUAGGACUGGGAAGACUGCCUCCUUUUUUGAAGAGAGAGAUUAAGGAUUUUUAUAAUUGUUUUUCAUCAAAUUUUAAUAUUUUUGUCAAAUUUUUAGGUAUUUAAUUUGUAAAACAGUUUGCUUUGUACUGGCAUACAGAAAAUAGGGUAUUGAUUUUAAACUUUUUGAAGCCAAGUGAUCAAGUACAUUUGUAAUAAAAGUCAAUGGAUCUAUA